AUGCGCGGGAGGGCACAAAGCAGCUGCAGCGGCUCAAGCCGCUCGAGCGCGUCUAAUGCGACGGCGACAUUAGAAUUGCCAUCGAAGCACUUCAUCUUUGACCGAGAUUGGUAUCCGGACGUGCCUCUCGUGAUCCAAGCCAACCAGUUAAUCAUCGGACGUCUUUCGGAAGGGUACCCGAUGGCCGAGCUCGUGGCGGAGGCUGCGCGAAACGAAGCUGGGUGUUGCCCCGGGACGAUGGCGGCGUACUUCCACCACGCGAUUACGCUGGAGCUGGCGUGUCUUAUGAGCCACGACACGGUCCAGAUGGCGAUUGUAAAGGGUAUUCGGGUAUGA